UUAUUUGAGCUCCAAUAUUCCCAUUAAUUCCUCUCGAUCCUCCUUUUAUAAUUUUUCUUUUUUUUCUUUCUUUCCAUCAAAACUCUUGAGGUAGCAGUUGAUGUGAUUCCUCCACUACUAUCACCUCCAAAAACCAAAUAAACUUUACAAAAGAAAAGAGAAGAAAUUAAAGAAAGGGAAUUCUUAGCUAGAUAUAUCAGCCAUGGGGUUUUCUUCCAUUCCAGCUUAUCUUGAUCCAUCCAACUGGCACCAGCAACAAAUUGGUAGCAGCAGCACAAACCCUUUACAGUCCCAGGCAGGACCGCCGCCGCCGCCGCCGCCCCAUGGCGGCGGCGGAGCUCAGGGAUCAAUCCGGCCUGGAUCCAUGGCGGAAAGAGCUCGUAUGGCGAACAUACCGAUGCCCGAAGCUGCCCUGAAAUGCCCUCGCUGUGAAUCAACCAACACAAAAUUCUGUUACUUCAAUAAUUACAGCCUUUCUCAGCCUCGCCACUUUUGUAAGACCUGCCGGAGGUACUGGACCAGAGGCGGCGCGUUGAGGAACGUCCCCGUCGGCGGCGGCUGCCGGAGGAACAAAAGAAGUAAGUCCACAAGCUCCAAAUCUCCCUCCUCUGGCGGCGGCGGCGACCGCCAAUCGAAUCCCAAUCCAUCGACCGGCAUAAUUCCGACGAACGCCCCCACAUCGGCGGCGGCGGCGGCGAACAUAUUAGGGCUUACGCCGCCGCCGAUGCCGCCGCUGCGUUUCAUAUCACCGCUAACUCAUCUGACGGAUAAUUUCACCAGCGACCUCGGUUUGAGUUACUCCGGGAUCUCCGGUCCGGGAGUUGCAACAAACGAGAUGAACUUCCACGGGUCCAGCGGGUUGUUCGGCGGCGCCGCCGCCGGAGUGGCGGCAACACUUUUAUCCGGCGGCGGCGGCGGAGGAAGCUUAGAGCCAUGGCGGCUACAGCAGAUUCAGCAGUUCCCUAAUUUCUUGCAGGAGCCAUCGAUGUACCAAUUCCAGCACCACGGCGAAUCUGGGCCGUUCAUCGGUGGCGAGAUGAACGGUCAGAUUCGAGCGAAGCUUCCGAGCUCGAUUUCGCAAAUGGCGUCGGUGAAAAUGGAAGAAAACCCUGAAUUGAGCUUGUCGCGGCAAUUAAUGGCAGCUGGAAAUUGGAACACGUCGUCUGUGCCAGCGUGGACAGACAUAUCGAGCUUCAGUUCUUCUUCGACGAGCAAUCAAAACCCUAAUCCCAAUAACCCUUUGUAAAUUGGAUUUCCUCCAUUGCUGAAGAGCUUCGAAAAAUUUUAUGUGUAGAAGAAAUUAAUUGGGAUUGGAGUGAGGAACUGUUUGUUUCCAUUUUCGAGGAAUUGAGGUUGGGAUCGAAGCUUUUUAAGGAUCGAAUCUGGGAAAGAUCGAAGAAUAUGAUCAGAUGAAUAUUCUGAAUGAGAGAAACCCUAGCUGAAUUGGUAGGUUGUUUUUGUUUUCUGAUUUUUAUUUUUUUUUAGCCUGAGAAAAAUUAUAUAUAUAUAUAUAUUUAUGAGGGAAAUUUGUAGUAUAGUCUCGAAAAAAAUGUUCGGAGUACGUAAUUAUGUGUAUGAAAAUAUAAGAAUUUAUGAGAAAUUAUCGACGAUUGUUUCGAACUUUAUUUCUUCGUCGA